AUGCGUCGCCUUUACCAUAGGUCUCAGCUCGCGCUGCACAUCAAACGGGCUAUUUGUGCCCAUCAUGUGGCGAACCCCCUGCUGCGCCAAGUAGACCUCGCGCGUUGGUGUUUCACGCGUUUUGGUGUCAGGCCCGACCGUUCGACCAUUGGUCGUAUCUUGAAAGGCGCUGACCGAUGGCGGAUCCCUGACGACACCGUCGACGCUAUUCGGGUCCGAGGAGGGGCAUUCCCCGAUCUGGAGCGCGCGAUGGCACGCUGGAUUGCCAACGCAGGCCCUGCCGGCGUCCCGCUCACCCUCGCGACGAUCCGCGACCAUGUCGCGACGAUGGCGCAAGCGAACGGCGCGCCUCCGACAUUCCGUUGCAGCAUCGGCUGGGUGCGCCGUGCGCUGCGCCGCCAGGGUGUGCGCUGCAUGAGUGCCGUCGGCGAGGCGGCCGACCAGGAUAUGAACGCCGUACGCACGACAAAGGAGAAGCUUCCGCAGCUUCUCAUGCAUCUCGGCGUGCGACCGCGUGACACUUACAAUUUUGACGAGACGGCGCUUUACAUCAGCGUGCUUCCUCGCAAGACGUACGGCACGGGCAGGGCUGCCGGGCGGAAGCUCCCGAAGGAACGCCUCACCGUCGGCUUCUUGGUUAACGCGGAGGGGACACACGCCUUCCGUCCGCUCGUCAUCUCCAAGGCCAAGCGGCCCCAUGAUUUCAGGCCGAAUUUCGACCCCGAGGAGUAUUGCUACUGGCGCAACACUGCUAAGGGGUGGAUGACUAAGGCGGUAAGUUCAUUUUAA